AACAACAUGAGGGUGACUAAUUAAUUACAGGAUUAAAAUUUUUGGGUGAACUAUCCCUUUAAAAAUUUUUUUUUUGAAUAAAACAGUAGUUAAGAUUUGGACAUUUCAAUGCAUUUAAAUGUAUACUGUGACCUUAUGUAUUUUUUAUUUAUAUGUACGUUUAUUUCAUUUUCCACAGUAUACAGAUUCGCUUAGACAUUCCUUAGUAAUUGUGCACCUUAAGACCAGGGCAUUUAUUAAAAUUUAGUUAUGACGUAAAUAGGGUCCAAUUCGAUUUCAUGUUGUCUUUGAAAGCAGUGGAUUUAGCAAAGCCCCGACCGUUGCCGUAAAUAAUGCCAAAUCAAGUCCAGCUGUCAUCCUGAUCUGUACUUGUACUGCUAGUGCGGUGAUGAGUGCCAGAGUGGCCUGCCUGUCCCUGUACAGAGUCUCUUGGAUCAAAAGCUCAGGCACCAACAGAUGAAGAGGAUUAUGGUCAUUGUUUUCUCCAGCCUUUUCUCUUUCUUUGUGAUGAAUCAUUUAUACGGUCCUCUGGCUGACACUGUUGUUCAGUAGUAUCUUGUUCCACAAGUUAUGGAUCAAAGUUUUUUAAACAUUUCACCAACAUGUGCCACAGAAUUCUGUUUUUAAAUUUAGCCUAACAUCAUGCUAUAGGACCUAUUAUAACAACCAGUCUUGGGUCUCGUAAAUAUGUAAGUUAUUUUCUGCUUGAGAGUUGAAAAGACAAAAAAUAAGAGUAAAAGGUCAUUAUGACUUGAUAUUUCGCAGAGUGACUUUGAACCUUAAAGGAAUAGCUCACCCAAAAAUGAAAGCUCAGUCAUUAAUUACUUCAUAUAGUUCCAAAUCCAUAAGACUUUCAUUCAUCUUCAGACAAAUUAAGAUAUUUUUGAUGAAAUCCAAGAUAUUUCUAACCCUUCAUAGACAGCUAUGCAACUGACACGUUCAAGGCCCAGUAAGGUAGUAAGGACAUAGUUAAAAUAGUCCAUGUGACAUCAGUGGUUCAACUGUAAUGUUAUAGAGCUACGAGUAAUACUUUUUGUGAGCAAAGAAAACAAAAUUAACCACUUAAUUUAACAAUUUCUUCUCACCCCUGUCAGUCUUUGAUGCACAUUCAGGAGAGUACCACAGUGCAUUGUUGAAUAAAGUCUUUGUUUGUUUUCUUUGCACACAAAAAUGUUCUCGUUACUUCAUAAAAUCACGGCUGACCCACUGAUAUCACAUGAAAUAUUUUAAUGAUGUCCUUACUACCUUUCUGGGCCUUGAAUGUUUCAGUUGAGUUGCUGUCAGAAAUAUCUUGGAUGCAGGGUCUCGGAUUUUAUCAAAAAUAUCUUAAUUUGUGUUCUGAAGAUCAACGAAGGUCUUACAGUUUUGGAAUGACAUGAGGGUGAGUAAUUAACAAAAUUUUUAAUUUUCGGGUGAUCCCUUCAAAUGUAUUUAAUUUUUUUAACAUUGCUGCUAAAAAUUUUCAUAGUAAAAUGUAUUACCCCUGUGUUUAAAUCAGUAGAUUCUGACAUAGCCAUAGUAAUGUUAUGUUCCUGUGGCCCAGAUGGGAUAUCACAUUGAGAUUGUGUUUUGUUUUGACAUUCUGGAUUUUACAGUCAUCAUCAUUCCAUCAGAUCCCGUUCCAUUAUUCAGUCCGGACAUUCCCACCACCCCCAAGCACGGGCUUAGGACAAAAAGUACAGUCGCCCCCCCCCCCCCUUCCUUUUUUGGCAUCCCUGCUAGCAACGGCAAGGUUGGGGGGUUUGAUAUGAGGAUGGUCUAGCGGCAGCGGAGGAAUGCUAACAGAUAGCUUUCUCUGGGAAUUAUAGACCUCCUUGAGCACAGUCAGCAAGGAAAGUUGUGUAAGUGUUGUCUGUUUUUUGUCUGUCCUUUUUUCCAGGCACUUUGUUUUUUAUCAUCACAUUCAGUUCAGGACUGCAAGCUCACCACUCAGCUAAAAUAUGAAAUUGUUUCAACAUGGAGCUUGAACAUUCAGCGGUAGUGCAGCUGUGCAGGAAACAUUGGCUGUCAUUCUCAUAAUCCCUUUGUAUUUUAUGAGCUCUUCUAGUUGUAAUUAUGUCUAGCAAACUUGUCAGUAAAUCUAGUGAAGAUCUGCAUUUGUGAUUGUGUUAGAGCAGACUCAGGCGAUGAUAUCCUUCCAGGGGAAUGAAAUCCCCCCUCCCGGAGUCUCUUAAUUUGUUCCCGUUUAUUGCACCAUGUCAGCUGUUGUGAGGGAGGGUCCUGGCUAACUGAAAUGCCUGGCAACUGUAACCAAGGGGCAGGCAUUGCUGCGCUUGGGCACUGGUCUGUGUAAGUGACUUGAAGCAGGAAGGAAAACGAGAAUGAGGGAUAAUAAAACAUGGAGCUGUAGGAGACAACGGGAGAGAUGGAAGUCUUUGAUUAUUUUUGAAUGGGGAAAAAUCUUCAGGGUGUGCAGGAAGAGGAGGAUAAUGAAAAAAGAGGGAGAACAUUGGAAAGAAAGAGAGAGAGAGAGAGAACAGUGUGCUGGGAGGAGUUGUGUGAGAAAGAGGACCUCAGGUGCCGCUAAAAGGGGAGGGAGGAGAGUUAGAGAGCGAGCGAGAGCGGGAGAGAGAGGGGAAAGGGAGGAGGGAGCGAAUGUGAUCGAGAGGCACAGUGGAAGAGAGAGCGAGACUGUGAAGGGGAAGAGGAAACUGAGCCACUCACAGCAUCUCUGAGCACCAGCAGUGAGGGGCUGCUCUCUUUUCCUCGGCUGGUUUCUGAUUUGCCGCACAAUUUGGAAUAGAUCUGUUCAAAGUCUUAUUGUUCUCAUCUUUUUACUUGAAUUCUUAAUUUCAAAGUACAGUUUGCAUUGUGCACGCUCGGCGGGAAUUGCUGUCAACCUGCUUUGGCUCACAGGUCGCCGAGAGCUGACAAGGACAGAAGAGGUACGCAGAUCUUCCAAUUUUGGGAAUGGACUGAGUAUUUUAGAGGCGACUUUACAGUAUGUGUUACAAAGAAGUUGGAGAAGAAGCAACGAGGUCUACCUCAAAAGGAAAGAAGCUGGGCAUGUACAGCUAAUCCGAUGCAGAGGUUGGCAUGCUAUGUGAUGUGCAAACGGUGGACUGAAACCAAGAACAUGUGGAUUUAAUACCUGUCCUGAUGCGAACAGUGGAGACACCUUCACAUAAGCAGCUAUAUACCUGUUUCGGAAAACACAGGUCUCUCCUUUUUUUACGUGACCUGCAUUUAUCCGAGGCCCAGUGAAAGUUCAUGAAAAGUAAAUGGAUUGGGGGCAAACAAGACCGAAGCAGUCGCUGUGGCCCCCCAGAACACGAUCUUGAAAUUUUGAUUAGUUCCGUUUUGCCUCACUCAGACUCCCGCAGGCUAUGAGCUGUGCUCUGCGCAGUGAUAGCUCUGGCAGCUCUCAUAUGGUGUUCUGUGUUUGUUUAGAGUGUCUGUGUUUUGAUUCGGACUAUAGAAACCCAAAGGGGGUCAAGACUGGCCAAGAGGACAGUAUUCCAGAAGCAAAACAUGGUUCAUGUUACUGUUUGAUGACAAACUGAUAUGAUCAGAUUUUUUGGAGACUUUUGCAACUCUGAAAUUUAAUUUUUGUGGACUCAGGAGAAGGUCUGACCCAGGAACUUUCUUCAUAUAUAUUUUGUUACCUUUAUUGGUAUACCCCUUCUACAAUUCUACACAUUUUACCCUUAAGAGGAUCACUUAAAGGAAUUGGUCAGCUUCACUGAGGGUGCUGUGGACAAUAUUGCCAACUGGCCUUCAGCACAGAUAUGCAACCCUUUUGUUUCCAGCAGCCAUAGUUUUGUUUGCUGAGGAAAUAUCUCUGCCUCACAAUUACCGAACUGCUCCUAAGCAUGACUGAUUUCAGAGGAGUGCUAGGCACCUUUAUUUCUUCUCCACACGGACUGUAUUGAUUUUUGCCAAUGCUCAAUUCAUUGAGAUCCAGCCAUGUGAAAGACCGAGGUAAAGGGGAAUAGGCAGAAGAUUGAGAUCAAGAAAGCACAGACACAGGAUCACAUUGCAGGCCAUCUACACUGCGUUUCGGACAACGGAACCUUAUCCAAGUGGACAAGGUCCGGGACAAUGAACCGGUCGGAGUUGAUCGAACCGGUCCCCACUGUAAACAGCAGCCUUAGCAGUCACUUCGGCGUGUCCCUAAACCACUCCUGCCCCCUAGGCUGGGGGCAGAACAAGGUCAUGGAAGCUUGCGUCAUAGAGACUGCUGUCAUUGUGUUGCUGACGGUGCUCAUCAUUGCUGGGAAUUUAACGGUGAUCUUUGUGUUUCAUUGUGCCCCGUUGUUACACCACUACACCACCAGUUACUUCAUCCAGACUAUGGCCUACGCUGAUCUGCUGGUGGGGCUAAGUUGCUUGGUUCCAACCCUUUCCUUGCUCCAUUACCCAGCUGGUGUUCAAGAGCCCCUCACCUGUCAGGUGUUCAGCUACGUCAUCUCUGUUCUCAAGAGCGUUUCGAUGGCUUGUUUGGCUUGCAUUAGCGUGGACCGCUAUCUGGCUAUUACCAAGCCCCUCUCCUACAACCAGCUGGUAACACCCUGCCGCCUUCGCUGCUGCAUCGUUCUCAUAUGGAUCUACUCUUGCAUGGUGUUUCUCCCGUCUUUCUUCGGCUGGGGUAAGCCGGGGUACCAUGGGGAUAUCUUUGAAUGGUGUGCCCACUCUUGGCCCACUUCUGCGCUCUUCACUGGCUUUGUUGUGUGCCUGCUGUACGCCCCUGCGGCCCUGGUGGUCUGUUUCACCUACUUCCACAUCUUCCGAAUCUGCCAGCAGCAUAACCGAGAGAUCAAUGAGCGACGGGCACGCUUUCCCAGCCAGGAGAUGGAAACUGCUGAAGGGGGCAACCACACAGGCCACGGGCCAGACCGGAGGUACGCCAUGGUGCUCUUCCGGAUCACCAGUGUUUUCUACAUGCUUUGGCUCCCCUACAUUUUUUAUUUCCUUCUGGAGAGCUCCCAUGUGCUGGACAGCCCUGCCCUCUCCUUUGUGACAACCUGGUUAGCAAUUAGCAACAGCUUCUGCAACUGCGUCAUUUAUAGUCUGUCCAACAGCGUAUUCCGGCUGGGGAUGCGUAGACUUUCACAGACACUCUGCUCCUCCUGCUCUUUUAGCCCCUGCACUCAUGAUGACAAGGACUUUGGAGAGCCAAAGCCAAGAAAGAGAGCAAACUCCUGUUCCAUCUGAAGAUCUCGAAGGGUUGCUUGGAUCAGUCAUACGCUGCUAAGUGUUGUUGCAAUGGAUUUUAAUGUAAUUGUAACUCUUGGUCGUUAGAAGAAACUACCAACAGUGAAACUGUCUAAUAGUCAUCUGAUCUACAUUCCCUUGUAAAUAUUAAGAUAACACCUGCCUUGGUCUUGUAAAUACCACAGAAUGGUCACUGGCCACAACUCAUUUGACAACCUAGAGAUAUGCAGUUUUUAGAGCAUUUGUGAGCAAAAAACAAAGCCAAGGGGUGGGUUCAAAAGCUCUCGCUUGUGAUGGCUCUUUCCAAAUAUAGAGCACACUUGCUAUUUUUAGACACAUUACCCAUGUUGCUGGAUUGGUUGUUUUGAUGUUUGUUGAAUUAGUUUUGUGUCGCAGCUGUAACUGUAAAAACAGUUGCUUUACAAAACGAUGAGAGCUUAAAGAUUUCAACUAGCUGGGUAUUCUCCUAGUGGCUUUUAUGGUACAGUGUAUCUUGAAACCUAAAUAAUCACAGGCAAUUCACGUCAAAAGCGAUGUAGCAAAGGACAAACAGCUUGGUCUGUGUUUAUUUUUUCAAAAUCUUCAUUCUAGAUCUGAUCUUUUUGUAGGAAAUCUUGAAAUACCACAUGCGCACAAUAUCAAAAAAUGCCUGUAAUAGAUGUGGACUGUAGUUUAGAACCCCAGAGAUGUAAAGCCUUAGCUGUUUGUAAUUAGACCUAUUUGCCUGCAGUGACCCUUUGAGAAACAUGCAACACAGCAUGUUUUAUUUUUGAGUUCAUAUUUUUGCCAGAUCAGCUUUAACUUACCUUGACCUUCAUAUUACCUUAAGCUGAGCUUUUUUUCACUCACUUUAAUGUAUGAAUGUCCAAACAAUUUUUUGUCUAAAGUCUACAAAUUGAAUUUUCAUUCUAGCUCAGUUUUAUCUCUCUUAAAGAGAUGUUGUUUAAUUAAUUUAUUUUUAUAUUUUUUUUAAUGAGAGAGUUUUAAACAGUUGAUGGGAGAAUAUAAUUGUUUUUCAAUUUAAAAUGCAUGUAAAUUUUACAAAUAUUUUUUAAAUACCCAAAAAUGACAUACUUAUAAAUUAAAUUAUAAAAUUAUAUAAAUUUUAUAAAUUGUUUAGUUUUUCUUUUAUUCUGUUCUAGUUUAUACAUUCCAAUUCUAGUUAAUACAUCCCAAUUAUUUUCAAAGAUUUACUUAUUUUCCUUACAUUUGUGUGACUCGUAAUAUACUACUUGUCAUAUUUAUUUCUGCAAUGAGUAUUUUUGUUAUUGUGCAUCAGCCAUUAUUUUUGUGACGAUUCAGAGACUACAACAUAUGGCUGCUUCUUUUUGAAUUAUAAUACUUGGGUAUUGUUUGGGGCAGCGUUACACUCAUUACUUGAGUCUAGUAUUGGUGGUUUAGUAAGAAACUGUUUUUUGUUGAAGAUUUCUUUGUGCAUAUUUCAGUUUGCUUAUGCCUGUGAACUUUAUUUGCUGAUGGAUGUUACAGCCCUGUACAUGCUGAACUUCGCAGCUCUAAAAAAAAAAAAAAAAUCACAAUACAACAACUAGGGUAGUUGAUGUGCAUUAGAUAAUGAAGAAAAG